GCGAUGGAGUCGACGCUGCAUGCCAGGACGCAGCGGGUCCUGGACGCCGCCCACGCCGCGUACGCCUACGUAGCUUCGACGCGGCUCUACCACGCACUGGUCUUGCUCGUGUUGCGGCUCACGCCCGCCUGCCACGUCAUUUUUGCGGUCCUCACAGGCACGGACGUUGCCUCGCCCGAGGCGCAGCGCGAGCGAGCGCUGGCCAAGGACCAGCUCCAGCACAACGAUGUCUACCGCGACCGGCUGCUCGCGCUCGAGAUUGACCAGUUGGUCGACGUGGGCGACGCGCUGCGCAUGACAAGCCGGCAGCGCAACCGCUUCUUCAUGACCUUUCUCAAGCUCGACUGGACGCGCCGGUCCGCGAUCACAGUCAAAGACCUCUUCUUGUACUGUGGCCUUCGCCGCAGCCGACUCGCCGACGUCGUCUUGCCACCGCCGCCGCGGAAACAGAGCUUUCGUCAGCUUCCCAACCGGUUCGAGAUUAGCCCGCUCUUGUGCGCACUCUACUCGUUUUGCUCGCUGCCGCCAGCGGAGCUGCUGGCGUAUAUCGUAGCAACGGCCGAGACCGACGCCGUGGUCCUCGAUAUUCUAAGCCAGGACGUCGAGUACCUGCAGCUGGUCCAGGUCGCCGACGCUGCGAUCGCUCGGAACGAUUCGUAUGGGCCGGGCCUUCGUCUCCAAGCACAGCUCGCGCGCCUCUUGCAGCUCGUGAUCGGCACGCUCAACCCGCACGAGACCAAGCUCAUGACGGCGCUCCGUUCGCUCUACUCGACGACCGAUGCCAGCGCCAUCGACUUUGCUGCUGUCCAUGGCAUCCAUCAUAUCUGCGAUUUCAUCCAGCGGUUUCCAGCAAUCGUGUAUCCUGCGUUCUGGGUGCAGCGGACGCUACGCCGUCGAAUUCUCGGGCAGCACUUUUGGCGCCGCAUGGUCAACCACCGGCGUGUCUGGAUCACAAGUGGUCACACGCAAACGUUUUUCAGCAUGAGUGAGAUUCUAGAGCUGGGCGCGCCGGCGCCGCUGCAGCCGAAACCAGAGAUACACAAGCGCCAUCUGCCCAAGCCGCUUGCCAAGGUGCUUCCAUCGUCGUGGCUCCUCGCCACGCGCGAGGCCUCGUAUCAGCCCGCUAAGGACGAGGUGCCGCCGCCGCCGCUCGCCGAGGUGCCGCUCGUGCAAGACACGGACGAUGUCACGUCGACGCCACGUUCCAAUGCGCCGAGAACGUGUCUCCCAGACGACGAACGGCUCCAUUACGAGAUUGCAACGGCUAUCGAAGGCUAUGCGAAUGCGGCCGACGCAUGGCUCGUCACGGCGCACAACCUCAUGGCCGCCAUCCAUCUCAAGCAGAUGGAGCUCGACGGCCAAGUGCUUUUGGGACCAGACGCGUUUGCUGCCGAGUACACGCGGCUCGUGACGGGCCUCUCGACGCACUCGCUGCCCGAGGUCGACAAGAUUGCGGUGCGGAAGAGUGUAGUCAAGCAAUAUGGCUACCAGUUUGCCGAUUUCAUUGCGGGGUUUGGGCCUUCCGACACAGCGACCAAGGACGUCACGGCCAAGGGCGCUAAAGUGAAAGGCGGUAAAACCAAGCCAGCUACGCCCGUCGAGACGAGCUAUGCGUGGGACAAGCUCUACGAUCCGGCCGAGAAGCGGCAUUUUUACCACAACGUUCACACGGGCGAGUCGGCGUGGGAGCUGCCGCGGGGCGCAACGCUCGCGCCUUCGUCCAAGCACGAGAGGAAAAAGAAGCGAUAA